AUGAACGAAAACUUUCCGAAGCCGGAAAAUUUCUUCGAAAAGCGGGGAAGCUUCGAGGCUGAUUUUGAGAUGAUCCAAAGUUCAGAAGAAGAAGAGAUUUUUUCAAGCCAUGAUUCAGGAAUGGAAAUGGAAGGAAUGGAACGAUCUCUCCCGCGCUCUCCCUUCGCUCUUCUCAGAUCUGCCGAAAUCAAAGCAAGAAGAAAAUCGAGAACGAAGCUUUUCGCCGAUGAAAUUUCAGAAAAUGAAACCGUGGCCGAUUCAGAAAGUUCACCGCCGCAAAGUCCCAAAAGAGUUGCAAAGAGGCUUUCUCUUUUUGACUCGCCGCACACUCCAAGGUCCCUUGUCCGCCGACUUUCCCAAGGCAAAGAAAAUCCCCGGCUCCGACCUCGAAAUAUGCACUCUCCAGUUCCUGAAGCGAUCUCGAAUCCCUUCACUCCAACAAACAGAAAUUUCCGCCCAGCCUUGAGCCACAGCGCCAGGCAGAUUCGGCAGUCUAGAAUUGAUGUUCAAUCCAGGUAUAAAUCGGAUUUCUUGGAAGUUUCAAAAAUCGGCUCUGGCGAUUUCGGCGAAGUCUUCAAAGUCCAAAACCGUCUGGAUGGCUGCUUCUAUGCCAUCAAGAAAACGAAGAAUCCAAUAAUCGGCUCCCGGACCGAAUCGAAAGCGAUUCGCGAGGUAUGCGCCCAUGCGGUGCUGGACAAGCACGACAACGUUGUUAGAUAUUAUUCGGCGUGGAGCGAAGGCGACAGGAUGUUUAUCCAGAGCGAAUUCUGUAAUGGAGGUUCUCUCGGCGACGAAAUUGCUGAUCGCAGACUUUCCAGCCACGUGGCCCGGCCACUUGAUCAAGACAGUGUUUUCAACCUUUUGAGGGAUACAACCAGCGGACUGGCGUACAUUCACCGGCAGAAACUGGCCCAUAUGGAUAUCAAACCGGCAAAUAUUCUCAGAGUCAUCAGUGAAAACAAGAUCGAGUACAAACUUGGCGACCUUGGCCACGUUACACCCUACGAUGAGACGCGAUAUGAGGAAGGUGAUUGCCGUUAUGCAGCGAAGGAGAUUAUCCAAUCAGAUUCAUGCAUAGAUUUGCGCAUGGGCGAUAUCUUCAGCCUCGGUCUUUCAGCGUUUGAAUCCGCCACGCUGAAAAUCCUGCCGAAAAACGGCUCCGAAUGGCAUCACAUCCGAUCUCCAACAUUUUCCCAGCUCUUCGCCGUGCACAGCCAUCACCUCAGCCAAGAACUGGCUACAGUCAUUUCCCGAAUGCUUGCUGACAGUCCUUCCGCUCGACCAACAGCUGAAGAAGUUCAUCUUGAGCUAGGAAGAAGCGAAGUCGAAGCGCUCAAAAGACAGGUUCUGAUCGAGAGAAACACGAGCAAACUAUUAUCAAGUCAAUUAAAACGACAAGCCGGAAAACCUCGAUGCCUCAAGCGGACGAAAACAUCUUAG